AUGAGCAACCUCAACAGCCCACCUACUGAUUUCACACUAAAUGAUGAUGAAAUAAGAACAACACCAAAUCUUAAUAACGUAAAGCUUCCAACAAUACCGAUGAAAAAACUUCUAUUUCAAAAAAUUAAAAGAUUUAUGGAAAUAAUGAGCUAUUUUCGACUGAUGUUUGCGUUAACUCUUUAUAUCUUACUUUUAAUCGAUCUAAUUAGUAUACAACAAAAUAAAGAAAAGUAUUUUUGGAUUGAAAUUUUAUUACAGGUUAUCAACGCAGAAUUCACGUUACUUACUCUAAUAGAGCAUCCAAAACGACUAAAAAAUUUGUUAAGAGCCAUUCGAAUUUGGGCUGCAAAUCACCGUGCAAAAAGUUCUUCGAGGAUUCAAAAACUCAGCGAGCCUGAUGAUUCUUUUAAUUCAAUAUCCCAAACGGAUACUCAUUCGACACCUAAACCAGAAAAAUUGGUAAUAGCUGUAAAAGUUUCAUUAGAACUUCCACCAUCCAUAAAAAAUUUUCAAAAACUUGUAUCUCAAAGUUAUGGAUGGUAUUUAUAUGAUGUCGAAGAUAAUUCAUUGAUUUGUUCACCAGCAAAGUUAUCAAUUAUUUUGAUUACUUGGAAUAUUGGGAGUUUCAUGCAAUAUGGAAUUUGUGCAAUCUUAUGGUUAAUGACACCAAUGAACCGUCCAUAUGUUCCAUAUUUAACAUUAACAACAAUAUCCAUGUUUUGUGAACUCGUUCCAAUUCCUGUGGUAGUCAUUCAAUCAAAACGUGCGUUACUGGCUAAACGUUUAGUAAUGGAUAAUUCUGAAAAAUCUACUUGUAACAAUGAAGAAAAUUGUGUGAUUAUCGAGAAUGUUUCGUGGAGAAUAAAAGCGGAAAUUGGUGUUAGCGAUAAUAAUCAGAGCCCGUCAGUGGAUAUUCCUGCAGAAGUUGUCAAGCAGACUGAGAAUGACUUUGAUAAACGCAAUUUGAAAAUUUGGGCGUCACGUUAUUUUGAAGGAAUUAAACAUCAAAAGAACUCGCAACAAAAUGUCCACACAUAUUUUUUCGAAACUUUUAAUGCACCUAGCCUUUAUAUUGCCAAUCAAGCUUUGAUGACUCUGUAUGGUAUCGGUUGUCUUAACGGCCUUGUAAUUGAAAUCACUCCAAUAAUUGAUUGCUCCAUCCAACAUCACACAGCUCUGACGAUACCAAUUGCUGGUCAAGAUUUUGAUGAAUAUUUUCUUUCAAUUCUGCUAUCUGGCACCCAAUUUGAACUCGCAAGAACACUCGAGGAAUCUGAUAUUUGUGAGGUUCUUUUAGAUGUUGAUUUCAUAGAGGAUAGCCCAAAUAGAAUAGAAGCUGAAUAUAAUGGAAGGAAGUUUACAAUUGAUCUUGAACGUUUCCAAGUUAUCGAACCUAUUUUCGACCCUCUUCUAAUUGAGGCUAUUUAUCGGGCAAUAUCCUAUUGCGAGCCAGACAAACGAACUACAUUAUGGGAUAAUAUUGCUUUUACUGGCGGUUCAUCUUUACUUAAAGGCUUUAAAGAACCUCUUGAAAAAGAGUUAGAUGUAUAUAUUUAUACUUUGGACAAUGCUGGCGAAUACCAAAUCAAAGAAGCAAGAUUUUUAAAAUUACCCGAGUAUUUUUCAGCUCUUAAAGGUAGACCAGCUGUCAUUACAGCUAAAUUAAUUAAUUCCGAUUUUAUUCCCAUAUACGGUGAUGUUGUAUCAAAUAUACAUUUAGACAAAGUAUUGGAUGUUCAUAGAUCUUUAGGUGAAUCCCCAAUUUUCGUACUAGAUGAAUGCGUUCAUUGUGAAACCGUGGAGCUUUAUCCGCGUAAACGUCGCAUAUGGAAUAUAGAUGUAUUGUCUCGAUGGACUUCUCCUAUUGUCUCAGAUAGUAAUCUUCAAGAAGGUGAUAACUAUGAGUUUAUGUGUGGGCAUAUUUAUAAAGAGAAAGAUGUUUUGUUAUCAAGAUCUUGCUCACUUGGUGAGAAAGUAUUGAUCGGUGCCGGUUCAGAGAUUGCUGAAAAUGUUAAGACAACAAAUUCUGCCAUCAGUCGAAGAGUUAUAAUAGUUGGUGCUUAUAUUUGGGAUGACGUAAAAAUCAAAUAG